CCCGAGUUGUAGUCAAUAAGGAGGCGCUCCGCCCUUCCUCGGCAGCGAUUGGUCUACGAGGAGGUUGUGGAGCUGCUGUGCGUGUUGUGAUUGGCUGAGGCCGAGUCUGCCGGUGGCAUGGCUGUUGAUGCUCCUGGCCCGGUGGGGAAGGAGGUGGCAGUGAGAGCAGAGGUGAAGAAGUAGAUCCGGAGAAGCAGAGGCAGCAGAAAUCCGCGGAAGGCACGAAGGACAGUUGAAGCUGGUUAUAGGUGCGUCAGGUGGACUGUUGUCUCCCCUGGAAAUGGACUGCAGACCUAGUGAGGUCUAAAAUAAUUUUAAGAAGAAAUGGCAGCUUACACUUCAAGUAUCGUACUGGCUUCUCUCCGAUCCCGGAGUUGUCGUCUUGUCCUGCAGAAGAGUGGUUGCCCUUUGUACACUUCCAUAUCCUUUAACCAAAAUAGAUGGCUGUUUCCCAAAUCAUGCAGCUGGGCACCCACAACCUUCGUGUACCCCACCAUCAAGACAUGUAAUUACCACUCAUCUGUUCUGCGGCUUCAGAACUCUCCUCCACCGGAUCCUCCUACACAAGAGCCAGAGAAAACGGUGCCAGUUGUGCGCAAGUCACUACGGCAAAAAGUGGUGGAUGAAAUUAAACACUUCUACCAUGGUUUCCGACUCCUUUUUAUUGACACCAAAGUCGCUGCUCGAAUGGUUUGGAGGCUGUUACAUGGUCAGGUGCUGAGUAGAAGAGAGAGAAGGAGGCUGAUGAGGACGUGUGCAGAUCUGUUCCGUCUGGUUCCAUUUAUGGUUUUCGUCAUCGUUCCUUUCAUGGAGUUUCUGCUGCCUGUCUUUUUGAAACUUUUCCCUGAGAUGUUACCUUCCACCUUUGAGACAGAAUCCAAAAAGGCAGAGAAGAUGAAAAAGAAACUUGGUGCCAAAUUGGAGAUGGCCAAGUUUCUCCAGGAGACCAUCUCUGAGAUGGCACGAAGGAACAAAGCAGAGACUGGAGGAGACGGGCAGCAGCAGUUUUCGUCCUACGUCCAGCAGGUGCGGGUCACGGGGGAACAACCAACCACACAGGAGAUUGUACGCUUUUCUAAGCUGUUUGAGGAUGAGCUGACUCUGGAGCACCUAGAGAGGUCUCAGCUGGGCGCUCUGUGCCGACUGCUAGAACUUCCACCAAUUGGCACAAAUAACCUAUUGCGGUUCCAGCUACUUAUGAAACUCCGUUCUAUACGGGCAGAUGAUGAGAUGAUCUCAAAGGAAGGGGUGGACAAUCUCACUGUUGCAGAGCUGCAGGCUGCCAGUAGGGCUCGAGGUAUGAGGUCACUGGGUCUUACAGAGGAACAGCUCAAAGGUCAAAUCAAGCAGUGGUUGGAUUUACACCUGAAGGAGAAUGUCCCUCCGUCUCUUUUACUCCUCUCCCGCGCCCUAUAUCUGACUGAUGUUAAACCCAAGCCCAUAGUAGCCGUGAAGCAGGCCGUGGAGGUACCAAAGCCAAGUUCCUCUCCAGCGUCGCUCACAGACUCUAAAGAGACGCUAACGGACUCUGCCCCAGUCUUACAAGGUGUACAGGAUGAAGAUAUUACCUCAGGCACUCUGAUAAAAGAUUCUGCAAUACAAGCAAAAGGAAAUGCGAAAGCCAGUGCCAAUGGAGUGUAACACCAGAGGAGAGUUGCCCCUUCAGAUGACUCACCUUACAGAACAAACCUCCAAUUCAGAACAUGGACGUAUUAUGCUUACUUCCACCCAGAACGCUGCUCUAGGACAUGUGGUGUCUUCUGACCAAUCAGCUCCCAGUCAGCGGACCACAUGUUCAAUUCAGACACAAUUUGAUCUACUGUAAAACCAUGUGGUGUAUGCUUGGGAAAUUUUAUGUUUCUUAUAAUGAACUUCCGAUUUAGAAUUAUGCCAUGCGAACAUGUUAUACUAUCAAAAACACAGCAGAUUCCUCCAUCAAGUCUUUACCUAGUGCAUCUUGUCUUAUGAAAGUAAAGGCAGCUAGUUUGCUCUGAAGCAAUAUUCCUGAGAGUGCAGACUUUGAUCUUCCUUUGUGCCUCAUGUCUCGGUGAUGUUGUGAACACUGUAAGAAAAGAGUCCUACACUUUACAAAGGAAAUUACGUAAUCACAAAUACUUUAUAUGUAAGUAGACUCAAUAUAUUUCUUUAACUUAUACGGUAUGUAAAUAUGUAUAUAUGUUUUUUGAAUACGGAAUUUUAGAACAUUGUACAGUUUAUGCUCUUGCUAUACAUAUUUGUACAUAAAGUGGAUAUUUUCUUGGUCUGUAAUGUAAAAAAAAACCCUGAAAAAAGGUCAAAAUAAAACUAUCUUUAUCGUCA